AUGGUGUCGCUCAAGCAGCCUCCACCUCCAUCGAUGUCUGUGCCUAGGGUGCCGCCGCCAAUAGGGCUAAUGCCUCCUUCUCCAGUGUCUCCCUCUUUGGCGUUUCCCUCUCUGAUGUCUCCCUCUUCGGCCUCUCCAAUAACCCAGCAGCCCCCGAUGGCAAGGGCGUCACCCAUGGGACUGGCCCUGCCUAGUGCUCGAAUGGCGUCAUUGUCAGCAACGAGGAUGCUGACCUGGCUGCCCUUUCUUAUCAUGUCUGCGAUAACUCACUUUAUGCCACUCAUCUGCUUGCCAUCUGGCCUAGGAUCGAAGAACUCUAUGGUGCUACCCUUGGGGUUCCCCAUUGGUCUCCCUGGCUUUGGAGUUGUCUUCUUCACCUAG